CAUUUCUUUCUUCUCUACUGUACUCUGCUGUGCAGUUCAGUUUGAAAAAGGAAAACUGAAAAUAGACGGCAAUGUCGACGCCAACUCGGGAUGCAGUCGAGAGUUUCAAGAGAAUAACCGGGGAGUCUGACUCAGUUGCACUACGGAAACUGGAGGAGUAUGGAGGCAAUCUAAAUGCGGCUGUCAGUGCACAUUUCCUUGAAUUGGAAAGAAGCGUUACGAAUCUGAUAACCACUGAUUCUUCUCGGCUUGAUUCUGUUGACGUGAACAAUCAGAGUGGAUUUGGAACACGUGGAAUUGUUCCACUCAUCUCAGCUGUUAGAAGAUUUAGGCCUUCAUUAUUGUUUGACCCCAACUAUAGGAGGAAUUUGCUAAACCAGAUCGGUGCUCCUAAUUUAAGUAACCAAGCAACAUCUCCUCAUAUGGGAGAGGUUACUGGGGUCCCUGUUGGGUGGAACGGUAGAAAUGAGCAUCCUCUGUAUUCUGGAGUGAGACCUUCCAUCACGGAUUCACCAGGAACACCAUCAUAUUAUGGAGGGGGGAUUUACAACAAUGUCUCAAGAGAUGAUCAUGGUCAACAACAGAUCGACUGUGUAGAAUCUGAAAUGAUGCAAGCUGCAAUUGAGGCUUCUAAGCAGGAGUUUGAACAAACAUAUAUUAAUCAGCGGCGUGGUUCUCCCAAUGGUUCAUCUAGCGUUGGGCUCCAACAGAGGCAACUUGAGCAAGAAGAUGAUGAGCUUGCUCGUGCAAUUUCAUUGUCUUUGAAGACAGCAGAUGAAGAGAAUGCAAUACGUAUGUUGAAGGAUAAUUAUGAACAAAUGGGAACAUAUGAUUCAAAUGAUAGAACUAAGGCAACAACUAGUAACAGCUCUAAGUGGGUUGGUAUUUCAGAGAAAGAGAUUGAUGAAGCAAUUAUGCUGGAGACCCAACUUUUUAGCCAGAUUGCUGAAGGUAGUUUGCGUCUCCCUUCUCAUGAGCAAGGUGGUCCAGGUAGAAGCAUUAAUGAUGGUCUACAGGCUGUAUCUCAGCCACAGUCAUCCUCUUUAGUGGACCAACGUUUACUGCGGCAACAGCAGGAUGAGGAAUAUCUGAUUUCUCUAUUAGCUGAUAAAGAAAAGGAGAUGAAUGCUCUUAAGAAAGCUGAAAGUCAUAGUUUGAAAGAAGAAGAAUCUUUCAGAAGGAAGCUUGAAGGAGAGGAAGUUAACAAGGUAAUGGCAACAAAAAUGACUUCACUUCCACCAGAGCCAGCAAGGGAUGAUGAGAAUGCAGUAACUAUCCUUGUUAGGAUGCCAGAUGGUACCCGCCAUGGACGUCGCUUUUGCAGGUCAGACAAACUCCAGCUUCUUUUCGACUUCAUAGAUGUCAGUAAAGUGGCUAAGCCGGGCACUUACAAAGUGGUAAGGCCCUAUCCUCGCCGUGCUUUUGGUGCUGCCGACUGUUCUUUAAGUUUGAAUCAACUCGGUCUGACGGGCAAACAGGAAGCAUUGUUUCUGGAGUUCAUAUAGGAUCGACUUCUUUGACUAUGGUUCAUGGGCUUGUAGCUUUUGGCCAGUACCAUGUAUAAAUUUAUCCUGCUGACUUCAUUUUUC